GGCGCAUGUGCAGUGGCGGGCUGCACUAUGGCGGCCAGGUAUGACCGUGCCAUCACUGUUUUUUCGCCCGAUGGUCACCUCUUUCAGGUAGAAUACGCGCAGGAAGCGGUGAAGAAGGGGUCUACAGCGGUUGGGAUACGAGGUAAAGAUAUAGUUGUCUUGGGUGUGGAGAAAAAGUCCGUUGCAAAACUUCAGGAGGAGAGAACGGUGCGAAAAAUCUGUGCACUUGAUGAUCAUGUCUGCAUGGCAUUUGCAGGUCUGACAGCUGAUGCUCGAAUAGUAAUCAACAGAGCUCGCGUGGAAUGUCAGAGCCACAAACUCACUGUGGAAGACCCAGUCACUGUAGAGUACAUAACACGAUUCAUUGCAACUUUGAAGCAGCGUUACACACAGAGCAAUGGUCGGAGACCCUUUGGAAUCUCUGCUUUGAUUGUGGGAUUUGAUUAUGAUGGCACUCCACGUUUGUACCAAACUGACCCAUCAGGGACAUACCAAGCUUGGAAGGCAAAUGCCAUUGGCCGCAGCGCCAAGACAGUCCGAGAGUUCCUGGAAAAAAACUACACCGAUGAGGCAAUGGCAACAGACAAUGACACUAUCAAGCUCGCAAUUAAGGCUUUGCUGGAAGUAGUACAGUCUGGUGGGAAAAACAUUGAGCUGGCCAUAAUUCGAAGGAAUCAGGUCUUGAAGCUCCUAGAUGCGAAAGAAAUCGAGUCACUUGUCACGGAAAUUGAGAAGGAAAAAGAGGAGGAGGCUGAGAAAAAGAAACAGAAGAAAACCUAAUUGUGGAAUGUGUGCAAACAGUAAUAUUGAUGCUGCAAAUAGACAUUAGUUUACAACCACUUAAAGCUCCAUGGCGGGAUACAAAGUAUUAAAAGGCUGAAUGUUCCCUCCUGAUGGGUUUUUCCCACUUCCCUGAUCCUCCUUUCCUUGUGCUUUGUGUGCUUCUGACUGGAGCAAUGAGUGAAGCUGCCACCAAGGUACUAACAGAAGUGCUUUAAGAACCUGGUCAGCGAUGAACCUUCCUUCAUCUAAACAACACUGGGACCCACAUUUACUCAGUUGUGAAGUUGGAAUUGAAAGGGACGGCAAGAUAGUUUAACUGUAUAAUUACCAGGUUAUCGUAGUUAAUGUUAAUUAUAUUUGCUUUCAUUAGCAAUGCCAAGAUAUGGUAUGGGUACAGUUUUCCCUAGUUUGCAUGAAUAAUAGCCCUGGAUCAAAAGUCUUGAACAGAAAUGAAAGGUGGGGGAAUGAGUUGUUACUGUCUGGUCAUUUAUGUGAAUGGCUCAUGGUUCGAAUUGGGAGGAGGUGGUGGAUACAUUGAAUUUUGAUGCUCUGUCUCUGAGUUAGGCAGAGCAAGGUUCCAUGCUGAGCUCCUCCCCCUACAAAACUUUACAUGAGGAAGAAGGGCAGCGGUGCUUUUGCAGUUAAGUAUCCUGUCAAGAAUAAAUAUUUCCUUGAGUGAAUCGUAGGUGAGUCUGGCACAAAUCAAUUUCAAACUGAGGGAGGAGAAACUGGCCCAUUAAAUACAUUCACAAUAAUCCAUUAGAUAAUGAGUUUCACAAGAAACCUUGAAAUAACCCCUUGAAAUAAAGGAGUUUCUUGGCCAUUAAAUACAUUGUGAAGAGUUGACGUAAUAGAUGCACCAUGUCCAAUUUCACAUUUACUCACCAAAAUAAAAAUUGUGAUCUCCAUGAGCCCUAAAACUUUGAGACAUCUUCACUCUGUGUCUGACCUCUUACUCCACUGUGAUUUUUUUUUGUUGAGAGACAAGAAAUUAACCUGCUGGAAGUGUUGACAUGGUCCAAUGUGAAACAACCAAUGUAACCCCGUCAGAAAUACCAAACAACCCAAGGAGUUUCACAAUAUCAUUAAACCAAAACUAAUGUUGUUCCCCUUGAAUAUUAUGCAAGAUGAACUAAAGCUUGAUUGAAAUGGGUUUUAAGAAGUUGCAUGAAAGUGAAUAGGAAAAUUCAGAAACACAAGUCUAAAGCUGUGACACAACCGCUUAUGAUAGAAUAAUUAUAUUUGGACUGCUGGUGUAGAGAUCUCAGGAGGUUGUAGAGAUGGAGGAGAUUUGAGAGUGGGAUGGGUUGCCAGAACAUGGGGGAGUCUUGAGGAAAAGAGGAGUAAAAAUUUCACGAUACUGCUUAACUGAGUUGUUGUAGAUCAGGGAGAAUAUGGGUAAAAGGAAAUAGUUCCCCUUGAGGAAACAGAUGCCUCUGUGAACCUGCUUUGGAUGUUAAUACUUAAAGGUGCUGCACAAAUGGGCAACCAGCAGUCUGUUUUGAAAAACAUUUACAUGGCACAAAAAAAAACUCCAAUGGCAGGAUAAUCAGUGCUUGCCCAAAGCACUGUCAUUAACUGUAAGACAUGUAGAACAACACUAUGACAACACUAAAGCAUGUCAAGACAAAGUACAAAGUUGUUUACAAAAGUGUUUAGUAUUUUGUAUCUUGCAAAUAAGCUAUUUGAUUUCAUGUGUUCUUAGUUAUCUUUCCUGAGAUGUUAAUUUAGUUAGACUUUUUCCUUUGCAUAGUUGAGGUUAUUGUUACAGUUGUGCCUUGGUUUGGAAAAAAAAGAAUUCUACUUGAGAACACCAAAUAAACUCUGGGGCAGAUUUUGAAAUUUCUCUUUGUGUUCUUUAAAGUCAUUUGUGCAGUUUGAUAAGUGAUGGAUGAAUAGGCAAUGUGAAAUCUACUGCAUGUUCUGAAUGACUGCUAACUUUGAAGGGAACUCUUCAGUUCCCGAAGGCAAGGUGUCAUUGUGAGGUGUGAUUCUUGGCUCGAGCACUUAUUUUUUGGGGGGGGGGGGAGGAAUUUCUUUCUUGAAGUUGUUAAUAUAUGCAUGUGAGCAUAAAGCUGUCAGUGGAAGGUGUGUGCACAAUUGGAAUGAAGUUUCAAGUCUGCAGUGUGCUCAAAGCGGGCAGUAUUACAGCAGCCAAAAACAGCCUUGAUUGAGGGUCACACUGGAUUCAAAAAACUUUAUUGUCAUUCUAACCGUACUUCCGCUCUGCAGGGCAGAAUGAGACAGCGUUUCCCAGGAGCAGUGCAAUCACAACAUAACAAACGCAACACUAAAUAAUAAACAUAAUAAUAAAUAGUAAAACGCAACAGCCACAUGACAGUUAAAAUCAAGCAGUCAGACUGCUUCCAAAAUGAGCCACUUCCAAAGAGGAGUUGGACUAAGCAGAAAUCUAGCCCCUUCUUACCUACAGUUUCUUCUAACCUAACUGUAUAUGGGCAGAGGGAUGCGCUAUUCUCCUUAAACUAACACACCAUCCUCCAUGGGCUCGGUCCAGAUAUUGCACUUCCCUUUGAAGCAACACUUAGCUGCAUGGGUGUCUGAGAUCAGAUCAGUUUGGUGUCAUAUAUACCAGUGCACAUGAAGUUCCUUGUUUGUGUGAAACUCAGAGUAAGAAAUACUAAUAAUAAAUACAGCAAUAAAACAGUUCCAAAUCUAGCCAUACAAACUGAAGUAGUACAGAAGGAACUGAUGAUUGCCAGAGACUGAGCACCGGAACUAAUGACUUUUCAGAAAAACAGUCAACAUCCACCAUCCACCAUCAAAAGAUCUGGGUCGUGCCACCUUCCUUAUCAGGCAGGAGAUACAGUAGAGAAGCCUGAAGUCCCACACCACUAGGUCUAAGAAUAACUACUUCCCUUCAGCCAGUUGCUUCUUAAACCAACUGGCACCGCGUUAGUCACUGCAGUUAAGCAGCACUGACCACUUUGCAUUAAACUGGGUAUCUUUUUCAGCUGCUCUUUUAAAAAAAAGUGUUUAUGCAUAAUUCACAUAUUUUGUGUGAAUGUUGUGUAUCUGAUGCUGUGUACCUGUGAUGCUUUAAGUAAGCCUAUCAUUGCACCUGUGCAUACAUGUGUAUAUGACAAUAAACUUGACUUGAUC